AUGGCAAACUUGAAGCACCUAUCUCUUAUAUGUAGCAUUCUUGUUCUAGCUACAAUUUCAAUGCCACAAGGUCACUGCAGAGUUUUUCAGCCAAACGAUGUGAAACUCAUAGAGGAAACAUGCAAGAAUACAUCACAUCCUGAUCUUUGCAUUAAACUCCUUGAAACAGACCCUCAUAGCUCAAGUGCAGAUGUCAACGACCUAGCACUAAUAUUGGUGAAUGUAAUCAAAGCCAAAGCAAAUGAUACCAUGAACAAAAUCAAUGAACUUCUUAAAGGGGGUGCCGAUGAGAAAGGCUUGUUGAGUUCAUGUGCUAACAAGUACAAAGCAAUUUUGGAAGGUGAUGUUCCACUAGCCACUCAAGCUUUGCAAUCUGGAAAACCCGAGGUGGCUGCAUUUGAGGUAAGUCAUUCUGUUGUUGAGGCCUUGUCUUGUGAGGACGACUUCACUGAAAAAUCACCACUCUUCGAUGAGAACAAUGUCAUGAUUCAUGCAGCAGAAGUGACAAGGGAUAUCAUCAUACAAUUGCUAUAG